AUUCCUUCUAACCAGUGCUCAGCCAGGAAUAAAAUAAAUAAAUUUUGAACAAUGACAAAACUACUUGCAGUUCUUUCCGUUCUGGCUGUGCUAGCAACAUUCAUUUUAGCCGGACCCGUGGAGAGGAAACCUCCCAUGCCCGCAAGUGAUCUCUCCACUGCCGAUUCCGUGGGCUAUGGCUACUAUGCGGUUCCAUUUCCAGGGUACUACAAUGGAUACGGCGGAUAUGGAGGGGGAUACAAGUACGGAGGAUACCACGGAUAUCGCAGCUAUGGAAGAACUUACUACAGUCCCCAAAUGUAUCCCGUCUGGGGCUAAGACAGAUAAGACAGAUACGAUCGAUCAUGAAUGGUCAUAGUGAGCUAAGAAAUUGUCAAAAAAAAUUCCCCAAAAAACGUUUGCAAAUUUUCGCCUAAUGCCAUGCCAUGAGUGUUUGACCCCAGAAACAAUUAACACCGCACCGGCAUUAUUGCAAUAAAAGCAAAAACUCUUACAUA